UGGUUAGAGAUGCGGACCAAGAUGUGCAUCAUGGGCUUCCAUGCUGAGGCCAUCAAGCCACUGAAUGAGGAUGCAGCGGCCGAGCUGGGUGCGAACCUGCUGGGCGAAGCCAUCAUCUUCGCUGCCGCGGGCGGCUGUCUGCUGCUGGAGUUCUGGCGCCAGAAGUCAUCGAAACACCGCAAGGAAGUGGCGCGCGUGGCCACAGUGCUGUCGCUGCGGGAGAAUGUGGACAACCUGGAGGAAAUGCUGGAGGAGUUGCAGGUGCAGGUGCAGGCAGCAUUGCCCAGGAACGCACUGGAUGAGCUGCGGGCAGAGUUGCGGGCGGAGCUGCGGGCAGAGUUGCAGGCGGAGCUGCGGGCAGAGCUUCAAGUUGAGAUGCAAGAGUUCAGAACCCAGAUCUGUAAAGAUUGCUAUGAGCCUGAGCUUGAGCCUAAACUCCAGUGUCCAGAGACCCCCAAGGAAUAG